AUGUCCGCGACGCCAGACAUCGCUGCACAGCUGCUCUUCCCGCCGAACGUUCAGUAUAACAACGCACGACUGUACACUGUCAAGUUCCUCUCAGCAUGCUUUGCUGGCGCUGUCGCCGGUGUCCUUGGUCUUGAGAACACGCUUGGCUUCGCGCUCUUCAUCCUCUCGACCCUGCUCACUUCCGCGUGUAUCUACGUGAAGUGCAAGGGGCGCCCGGGGAAAUAUGUCCCAGGGGGCUGGUGGGAACUUGUGAACCCUGGUCAAGACAAUAUGUUCUCGUUCGUCCUCGUCUGGACCUUGUUCUACGGGAUUGUGCAUGUAUAUGAUUGAGCAUGAGAAUAUGCGAUACCUACCCGGACGCGCUUCCAGGACUGGACCACAGACCACAUGUGGCGUGCUGAUGUGAAGGUAUGGCAUGGAUGUCGUAAAUUAUUGGAAUUCGAUGUUGUGAGGGCUGUGCACCAUGGGAUCUUGUAUGUACAGUUGCGUAUAAUUUUACGUGGUCUCCAUGAUCGCAGCG